CGUAGGGGGCGCGCCUGAGAGCCUGAAAACUUCCUGGUAAGCAAAUACUGAGGUUGGAAAGGGCCUGAACUCGGCAGUCCAGAGAUCCAGGUCGAGUUCCGGUUUCCCUGCUUACGGGUCGGGUGGCCUCCCUACGUUGCGAUAACCUCUCUGAGCCCCCUUCCUUGCCGAUUAAAGCAAGGAUGAUCAAGUCUCACAAGUGUUUGGAAAAUGAUUCUAACCCAAUCUGUGGUGUAAAAAAUGCAAACCACAACCACUCGGGGGCUUUUUUUUUUUUUUUUUUUUAACAGGGCAACACGUGGCUCCCAGUUCGGGUCCCGAGUGGGCGGGUGCAGGCACAGGCUCUGCCUCCCCUAAAAGGGCAGACGGUCUGAAAGGAGGUGGCGACACCUGUCCGCACACACCUGAGCCUGCGGAGGAACCAGCGGUGCACAAAAGCGCUCCCCACCCCCACACAGCGCCCAGCGCGCGCCUCUCACCACGCCCGAGGCUGUGCUCUGGAGAUGCCUGCCUUGCCCUUUUCUUCCUGCAGUAGCCAGGCCUUUGCCAUUUACUAGGCGCUUUCAGAAUGUUCAUUCCUCCAUAAUUUCCACUGCUCGAAGGCUGCUCGAGGAACAGCAGCAGAGGCGAAACCCAGCUCUGUCGGUUUACGAGGUAAGGAAGGGUGGGGAACCCGACCACGACGACUCCCAGUCAGCGCCGCGGGGGCGGCACCAGGCAGGGGUAGGGGUGGCCCCGCGCUGCCCUGCAGGGGGCUGGUCGUGCGGCCGGAUUCCCGCGCGGGGCGGGGCUGCCCCGCCCUUGGCUCCGCCUCCGCCCCGUCCCCGCACACCUGGCCCGCAGGUAGCCGGCACCAGGCGCCUUAGCGAAACUGUAGGGCCUGCUGGCCGCUCGUCCGCCUCGGGCCCGGGGGCUCCGCGCCUGGAGCUGCGCCGGCGGCAGCCAUGGACCCGGGCCCUGGGGACGCGGCAGGAGGGGGACCGCCCGCGCCCCGGCCCCGCCGCCGCCGCUCCCUGCGCCGCCUGUUCAGCCGCUUCCUGCUGGCACUGGGCAGCCGCUCCCGCCCCGGGGACUCGCCGCCCCGGCCCCAGCCGGGAUAUUGCGAUGGCGACGGUGAGGGGGGCUUCGCCUGCGCCCCGGGCCCGGCUCCAGCGGCCCCCGGGAGCCCCGGGGAGGAGCGCCCGCCCGGACCCCAGCCCCAGCUCCAGCUCCCCGCCGGCGAUGGGGCGCGGCCGCCGGGCGCUCAGGGCUUGAAGAACCACGGCAACACCUGUUUCAUGAACGCCGUGGUGCAGUGUCUCAGCAACACCGACCUGCUGGCUGAGUUCCUGGCGCUGGGGCGCUACCGGGCGGCGCCAGGCCGCGCCGAGGUCACCGAGCAGCUGGCGGCGCUGGUGCGCGCGCUCUGGACUCGCGAAUACACGCCCCAACUUUCCGCGGAGUUCAAGAAUGCAGUUUCCAAGUAUGGCUCUCAGUUCCAAGGCAAUUCCCAGCAUGACGCUCUGGAAUUCCUGCUCUGGUUGCUGGAUCGUGUACACGAGGACCUGGAGGGUUCAUCCCGAGGGCCGGUGUUGGAGAAGCUUCCACCUGAAGCCAAUAAAACCUCUGAGAACUGCCUGUCACCAUCAGCUCAGCUUCCUCUAGGUCAAAGCUUUGUGCAAAGCCACUUUCAAGCACAAUAUAGAUCUUCCUUGACUUGUCCCCACUGCCUGAAACAGAGCAACACCUUCGAUCCUUUCCUGUGUGUGUCCCUACCUAUCCCCUUGCGCCAGACGAGGUUCUUGAGUGUCACCUUGGUCUUCCCCUCUAAGAGCCAGCGGUUCCUGCGGGUUGGCCUGGCCGUGCCAAUCCUCAGCACAGUGGCAGUCCUGAGGAGGAUGGUUGCAGAGGAAGGAGGCGUCCCUGCAGAUGAGGUGAUCUUAGUUGAACUGUAUCCCAGUGGAUUCCAGCGGUCUUUCUUCGAUGAAGAGGACCUGAAUACUAUUGCAGAGGGAGAUAAUGUGUAUGCCUUUCAAGUUCCUCCCUCACCCAGCCAGGGGACUCUCUCAGCUCAUCCACUGGGUCUGUCGGUCUCCCCACGCCUGGCAGCCCGUGAGGGCCAGCGAUUCUCCCUCUCUCUCCACAGUGAGAGCAAGGUGCUAAUCCUCUUCUGUAACUUGGUGGGGUCAGGGCAGCAGGCUAGCAGGUUUGGGCCACCCUUCCUGAUAAGGGAAGAUAGAGCUGUUUCCUGGGCCCAGCUCCAGCAGUCUAUCCUCAGCAAGGUCCGCCAUCUUAUGAAGAGUGAGGCCCCUGUACAGAACCUGGGGUCUCUGUUCUCCAUUCGCGUUGUGGGACUUUCUGUGGCCUGCAGCUAUUUGUCUCCGAAGGACAGUCGGCCCCUGUGUCACUGGGCAGUUGACAGGGCUUUGCAUCUCAGGAGGCCGGGAGGCCCCCCGCAUGUCAAGCUGGCGGUGGAGUGGGAUAGCUCUGUCAAGGAGCGCCUGUUCGGGAACCUCCAGGAGGAGCGGGCGCAGGAUGCCGACAGCGUGUGGCAGCAGCAGCAGGCGCACCAGCAGCACAGCUGUACCUUGGAUGAGUGUUUUCAGUUCUACACCAAGGAGGAGCAGCUGGCCCAGGAUGACGCCUGGAAGUGUCCGCACUGCCAAGUCCUGCAGCAGGGGAUGGUGAAGCUGAGUUUGUGGACACUGCCUGACAUCCUCAUCAUCCACCUCAAAAGGUUCUGCCAGGUGGGCGAGAGAAGAAACAAGCUCUCCACGCUGGUGAAGUUUCCACUCUCUGGACUCAACAUGGCUCCCCAUGUGGCCCAGAGAAGCACCAGCCCCGAGGCAGGACUGGGCCCCUGGCCUUCCUGGAAGCAGCCGGGCUGCCUGCCCACCAGUUACCCGCUGGACUUCCUGUACGACCUGUACGCCGUCUGCAACCACCACGGCAACCUGCAAGGUGGGCAUUACACAGCCUACUGCCGGAACUCUCUGGAUGGCCAGUGGUACAGUUACGAUGACAGCACGGUGGAACCGCUUCGAGAAGAUGAGGUCAACACCAGAGGGGCUUAUAUCCUCUUCUAUCAGAAGCGGAACAGCAUCCCCCCCUGGUCAGCCAGCAGCUCCAUGAGAGGCUCUACCAGCUCCUCCCUGUCCGAUCACUGGCUCCUACGGCUCGGGAGCUACGCUGGCAGCACAAGGGGAAGCCUGCUGUCCUGGAGCUCUGCCCCCUGCCCCUCCCUGCCGCAGGUUCCCGACUCUCCCAUCUUCACCAACAGCCUCUGCAACCAGGAAAAGGGAGGGCUGGAGCCCAGGCGUUUGGUGCGGGGCGUGAAAGGCAGAAGCAUUAGCAUGAAGGCACCCACCGCUUCCCGAGCCAAGCAGGGACCGUUCAAGACCAUGCCUCUGCGAUGGUCCUUUGGAUCCAAGGAGAAACCACCAGGUGCCUCUGUCGAGUUGGUGGAGUACUUGGAAUCCAGACGAAGACCUCGGUCCACGAGCCAGUCCAUUGUGUCGCUGUUGACGGGCACUGCGGGUGAGGAUGAGAAGUCAGCAUCGCCGAGGUCCAACCUUGCCCUUCCUGCUAACAGCGAAGAUGGUGCGCGGGCCAUCGAAAGAGGUCCGGCCGGGGUGCCCUGUCCCUCGGCUCAACCCAACCACUGUCUGGCCCCUGGAAACUCAGAUGGUCCAAACACAGCAAGGAAACUCAAAGAAAAUGUAGGGCAGGACAUCAAGCUUCCCAGAAAGUUUGACCUGCCUCUCACUGUGAUGCCUUCAGUGGAGCAUGAGAAACCAGCUCGACCAGAGGGCCAGAAGGCUAUGAACUGGAAGGAGAGCUUCCAGAUGGGAAGCAAGAGUAGCCCCCCCUCCCCCUAUGUGGGAUUCUCUGGAAACAGCAAAGACAGUCGCCGAGGCACCUCUGAGCUAGACAGACCCCUGCAGGGGACACUCACCCUUCUGAGGUCCGUGUUUCGGAAGAAGGAGAACAGGAGGAAUGAGAGGGCAGAGGUCUCUCCACAAGUGCCCCCCGUCUCCCUGGUGAGUGGCAGGCUGAGUCCUGCCAUGGACGGGCAGGUUCCAGGCUCACCUCCUGCCCUCAGGAUCCCAGAGGGCCUGGCCAGGGGCCUGGGCAGCCGGCUUGAGAGAGAUGUGUGGUCAGCUCCCAGCUCUCUCCGCCUCCCUCGUAAAGCCAGCAGGGCCCCGAGAGGCAGUGCACUGGGCAUGUCACAAAGGACUGUUCCAGGGGAGCAGGCUUCUUAUGGCACAUUUCAGAGGGUCAAAUACCACACUCUUUCUUUAGGUCGAAAGAAAACCUUACCGGAGUCCAGCUUUUGAUGGAGCGUAUCAGUAUUGUGUGAUGCUGGCGUUCUUGGGACUUUGCCAAGCAACUGUAGGCAGCUUGUGUUGAAAGUGGGUUUCCAGGAAGCCAGUUGUCUUGUAAUCCCUUAAAAAAUUUUUUUUGUGUGUGUGGGGGGGUCUCCAUAUCUAGACUUCUAACACCCAAGGUCCACAUAACCCAAGGUCCAAAACCUUCCUGUAUCAUUGGGUGCUUUGCUACAGUCUGGCCACUAGAGGAUGCUAUUGGGUCAGUAUUACCAGUUUCAGGGCAAGAACUGAUAUUUACUAAAGAGCUUUGGAUAUGGGCAAACAAGGUGAGCCUGGUGAAUAAGAAUCUUCAAUGUCAUGUCAAAUACUGUCAUUGGCUUUUCCUUUUUCUUUCUUUCUUUUUUUUUAAACAUUGUCGACUUAAAUAAAAAUAUUUUAUUUUUAAUGCUUUUCUGGGAUAAGCAUUAAAGAUACCAAAAAAAAGAUAAAAAAAAAAAAGAAUGAUAGCGAUGGUAAGCCAAGAUUCUAGCAGAGAGAGAUGGGAGAUAAAUGGCUGAGAGUUCAGGUGAAUAUUUAAUAUAUUACAAAUUGUAUUAAAGUUUUUCAAGGUAUUUUAAAAAUAACUAUUUUGAUACUAGAAAAAAAUGUUCAUUUUUUUAAUUUAAAUAUGAGAUCUAUGUACAAUUUUAAUAAAAUCCUGUCCAUGAAA